AUGGCUCCCAAGGACAAGUACACCAAUCCGGAACUUCGGGAUGAAGUCAAAGAAGAGAUUCACAAAGGCGACAAGGGAGGCAAACCUGGUCAAUGGUCUGCACGGAAGGCCCAAAUGAUGGCUUCGGAGUACAAAAAACGCGGCGGGAGCUACAACACAUCGAAAGAAGAUCAAAGUGAAUCACAAAAGCAUCUGGAUCAAUGGUCUAAAGAAGACUGGCAGACCAAGGAAGGAUCCGGCACCGCGAAGAAAGAAGAUGGAACGCGCAAGAGAUAUCUGCCCAAAGAAGCAUGGGAACAGAUGAGCGACGAUGAGAAGGAGAAGACUGAUGACAAGAAAGUCAAGGAAUCUAAGAAAGGCAAGCAAUUUGUUGGCAAUACCACCGAAGCCAAAUCUGCCAGGAAGAAAGCUAGUCGUGAUUCGGCCGAUUCUCCGGACGAGGAUUCCAAAGCCAAUGGAGAGGGCAAGCAACAUCAGACUCGAACACAAACGCGCAGAUCUAGCAGACUGCAGGAUAAGGCGGAUGGUGAGAAGAGUGGCGCAUCGCAGAAUUCUGACUCCCCUAAGAGCAAAAAACGCACUGCGACGCAAUCAGAAAGCUCAAAGAAAAAGAAAAAGAACGAGUCGUCAAAGGAGGAGUAA